CGCGCGUUCGCUUCCGGGGUCAGAGGUGGCGGCGGGGCCGGAAGCGGCUCGCGCUGGGGUCUGCUUCCGGCGGGGCCUGGCCGCGGGCGGCUGCAGGUGACGCCGGCCUCGCAGAUGCGGCCCCGGCUGACGUAGGACCCGAGCUGCUUGGGCCGAGGAUGAGCAAGCCGAGGGAGCUGCAGCACGACCUGGAACGGAGCCUCCCCGCCAUCGCGUCCAUCAGCACCUCGCUGUCCCACAGCCAGGGCCUCUCCCCCUACGGCUGCUUCUCCCCGGAGAAGAGGAAAGCCAUCUCGGACGUGAGGAGGACCUUCUGCCUCUUCGUCACCUUCGACCUGCUCUUCAUCUCCUUGCUGUGGAUCAUCGAACUGAACACCAAGGAUGGCAUCGAGAAGAACUUGGAGAGUGAAAUCAUCGAGUACAAUUUUAAGACCUCUUUCUUCGACAUAUUUGUCUUGGCUUUCUUCCGAUUUUUUGUGCUGCUGCUGGCCUACGCGAUCGUAAGGCUGCGCCACUGGUGGGUCAUAGCGGUCACUACGUUGGUCUCCAGUGCCUUCCUGAUUGUGAAGGUCAUCCUCUCCGAGCUUCUGACCAAAGGGGCGUUCGGCUAUCUGCUUCCUAUCGUCUCGUUCGUCAUUGCUUGGCUAGAGACCUGGUUCCUGGAUUUUAAAGUCCUAUCUCAGGAAGCAGAAGAGGAACGAUGGUACCUGGCAGCCCAGGCUGCGGCCGCCCGCGGGCCCCUGCUCUACCCCGGAGCCCUUUCGGACGGGCAGUUCUACUCCCCGCCGGAGUCCUUCGCAGGGUCGGACAACGAGUCGGACGAGGAAGGUCUGGGGAGGAAGGCGUUGACAGCGCAGGAGAAAGAAUACGUCCGGCAAGGCAAAGAGGCGAUGGAAGUUGUGGACCAAAUCCUGGCGCAGGAGGAGAACUGGAAGUUCGAGAAAAACAAUGCAAGUGUCCCCCCGCCCCGCUGCCCGGCAGCAAGCACGGAUGGCUUAGCAAAAACUGGAGGGGAAACGAGGCUUUUGAAACCUCCUUGCGACAUGAAAAAUUAACAAGCGUUACAAUUACCUGAUUGAAUUAGGAAUCUAUUCCAGUUCGGUUAA